AUGGAGGUGGAGGAGGCGUUCCCGCUGGUGGGGCAGAUGGGGCCAUACCAGGUGUAUCUGUGCGUCCUGCUGGCCGUGCUCCUCCAGCUCUAUGUGGCCACUGAAGCCAUCCUCAUCGCAUUGGUGGGCGCAACUCCUCCCUACCACUGGGAUCUCCAAGAGCUCUCAGCUAAUCAGAGCCAUAGCAACCAGUCAGCGAGUGAGCAGAGAGCUUUUGGGGAAUGGCUUCUGACUGCCAAUGGCAGCGAGGUGCAUAAGCAUGUACACUUCAGCAGCAGCUUCACAUCAAUAGUCUCUGAGUGGUUUUUAAUUGGCAACACGUCAUACAAAGUCAGUGCUGCCAGUUCUUUCUACUUCAGUGGUGUGUUUGUUGGAGCAAUCUCCUUUGGCCAGCUCUCGGAUCGCUUCGGGAGGAAGAAAGUCUAUCUCACAGGUUUUGCGCUUGACAUCUUGUUUGCCAUUGCAAAUGGAUUCUCACCCUCAUAUGAAUUCUUUGCCAUCUCUCGCUUCUUGGUAGGGAUGAUGAAUGGUGGGAUGUCACUGGUGGCCUUUGUUCUACUGAAUGAGUGUGUGGGUACUGCCUACUGGGCAUUGGCAGGAUCUAUUGGUGGCUUGUUCUUUGCUGUUGGAAUUGCCCAAUAUGCUUUAUUAGGCUACUUCAUUCGUUCCUGGAGGACUCUGGCUGUUGUGGUUAACCUGGAAGGAACAGUCGUCUUUCUUCUCUCUCUAUUCAUUCCAGAGUCCCCUCGCUGGCUCUAUUCACAAGGCCGGCUGAAUGAAGCCGAAGAUGCCCUCUACCUCAUUGCGAAGAGGAACCGCAAGCAGAAGUGCACUUUUUCAUUAAAACUCCCAGCAGAGAGGAGCUCCAGAGAGGCUAGCAGUUUCUUGGAUCUGUUCCGAUAUAAGAUUCUCUUGGGACGCACCUUGAUCAUGAUGUUUACCUGGUUUGUGUGCAGUUUGGUUUACUAUGGUCUUACCCUUAAUGUGGGUGACUUAGGUGGAAGUAUUUAUGCCAAUUUAGCCCUUUCAGGGUUGAUAGAAAUCCCAGCAUACCCAAUCUGUAUUUACUUGAUUAACCAAAAAUGGUUUGGUCGGAAGCGAACGUUGAGUGCAUUUCUGUUCCUGGGAGGACUGGCUUCUAUUAUUGUCAUGUUUCUUCCUAAAAAGAAAGAUACUGGAGUGUUUGCAGUGGUGAAUAGUCGCUCUCUGUCUUUGCUGGGGAAACUGACAAUCAGUGCUGCAUUUAACAUUGUCUACAUCUACACAUCGGAACUUUAUCCCACAGUGAUCAGGAAUGUUGGAAUGGGUGCCUGCUCCAUGUUCUCCCGUGUUGGUGGAAUCAUUGCUCCUUUUGUCCCUUCAUUGAAAUCUGUACAGUGGUCUCUGCCUUACAUUGUGUUUGGAGCAACUGGUCUUUUGUCUGGGCUCUUAAGUUUAUUGUUGCCAGAGACCUUAAACAGCCCUUUGCUAGAAACUAUUUCAGACCUGCAGGUAUGCUCGUACUGGCGGCUGGGUGAUGAAGCCAUGUCAUUACAAGCCCUAGAUGGCUCACAGUCUGGAGACAAAGAGAGUUCUGCAGGGAGUGGAAGUGAAGAUGAGGAGUUCUAUGAUGCUGACGAAGAGACUCAUAUGAUAAAGUAAUGAAAAGAAGAAACACUGGCUUAUUUUAUGCCUUGUCUUACUUGUCCAGUCAGUUCAGCUGUAAGACGAGUACUGGGGAC